UUUUUUCCUGAUUGUAUUUCUUACCUUGGGAAAUAAACCCAUAGGACCCGCAAGUAUUUUAUGCAUUGUUUCAUAUUUGACAUAUUCGCAUUACACCUCUAGUGGGAUAUUUUACUGGACUGGUUUGACUCCAGAGUAUUCUCUAUGGUAAACUCAUUUUUCCUUACUACAGAUGGACUUUACAGCCGUAAGGAUGGCAACAGAUGGAGAUUUCGAAGCCCUUCAUUUGGUUUGCCAGGGCGACAUACUUGCUCUGAGAUCAUUUGUUCCAAGUACAGACAAGACAAAAGAAGAGCGAAAAUCCAAACUUCCGAAACUAACCCAUCUACUUGGUACAACUUCCAGAAAAUCCAAGGCAGCUUCUAGUAGGGGAAAGUCUUGUCCAUCCUAUGAUUACCCUCAAUAACCACCUUGUAAAAAGACCCAGACUUCUAAAAAGAUCCAGAUUGGGUGGCAGCAUUAUAGUGAGAAUGAAAAGCGAUAUGUUAGUGUACGACUUGUGAAAGGAGGAGGAACAAGGGAAAUUUCUGUUCCAAUUGAAAGUUCAUAUGUAGAGGUGCUUAGAAUAAUGAAAGAGGUUUAUUUCCCCGAUGGGAUGUCCACAUUUGGUGAUGGAGAUAUAAUGACAUUUAAAGUUGGAAACUUUAAAGGAGAAGUACAGGAGCAGUUCACACUGGCAAAGUAUAUUGCUAAGUACAAACUUACCAAAGUUAGACUUUACCUCUUGACCAGGAUCAUUGAUGACAAUGACAGUGAACUAUUGAAACCAGUUUUUGACAAUGGACAGGACACAGUUUCUGAUGGUUUGCUUGGUACCUCUGAUGAAAGAAAUUCAUUGAGGGAAGAUCAGGACAAAGAAUAUCUGGAUUCUUUGAGAAAAGAUCAAGAGAAAGAACAAGCGAAACAGGAAGAGCUCCUCUGUCGCCCAGAAGAAUUUGCAAUUCAAGAAAGUCUGCGUGAAGCAAGAGAAAUGAGGGUGCCAGCUGAGCCUGACAUAAGUGAAGUGCAUGUGAAAGUAUCGGUGAGACAUGUAACACUGGGUGUUAUUACACGCAAAUUUCCAAAGAGUGGCCAUGUAGGAACUGUAUAUGACUGGGUGGGGUCACUCAGUUUGACCCCAGAGUAUUUUACCCUCUCUAUGGUUGGCAACAUGGACCUUAACCCUGCAUUGCCGAUUGAAACUGUGGACCAGAAAACACUGUCAAUGCAUGAGUGUGACGAAAGUCCACCAUUCCCUGAUGAAACGGUAUGUUUCCAUGGAUUUGGGGCACCAUCUGAAAUGCCAUCUGAAGGCGACAUGUGAGAGCCUGUUUCAGAGAAGCCACCUCUUGUCUUGCUGGAAGAUGAUGAGUAAGUGGUAGUCUUAAUGAUUUUUAUUACAUCUUCAUACCUCCUACUGUCAGGUCGUUUCUAGGCGUUUCUACGUCUGGCACAAGCUACCGUCUGAUUAUAGAAUCUUUUAUAGGCCACAUUUGAUAUAACAAAAUUCUAAAUAGGACUGAGGAUUUAUGGGCA